CACUUUCCGCCCAAUAGAGUUUCUGAUAUAAAUUCCAGAGAUGGAGCUACAACACGGAUAUUCACUCCGGUAAGCAGCCAUGAGACCGUCCACAGUCGGGGCCCUCUCCGUCCUCCUGGGGAUCAUCUUACUUCAAGCCGUGUCUUCUGCUGAAAAAAGUGGACUGUGUCCUUAUGUAGGGGUGCCCAAUACCAUCAUGCUGUUCAGAUGUUUGUCUGUCAACGAUACCGUCUGCAAGAACGAUGAAGACUGUGAAGGUCAGCAGAAGUGCUGCAGCGAGUCCUGCGUCAACAGAUGCCGGGACCCCGUGUUCGUUUAAGUGUCAGGAUAGGAAUCCGUUGAAGACAUUUAUGGAGAGAUGAGAUCGGCAUCACCCCGUUGUGAUCAGCAGGACGUCACCCCACCACAGGAAUUGUGUUUAAAUAAAGAAUUCUUCAAUCCCCAA